GAGACCUGGUUUCUCUAUCACUAAUCUUGUCCUCGCAAUACGCUCGCACUGUGAGAGCAAUUAGAUUCAGCACCGUUUUCAGUGCCUCUGCAAUGACUCAUUGAAACAUCUUCUGCGCUGAUAAAGCCGCAUCUCUAUUCUCCCUCACCGCACACACACACACACACACACACACUCACGCUCACACACACUCACUCACUCACACACACACACACAGAUAGGACGGAUACUUGGACUGCCUUCAGUGUACACCGGGAUUGAGGUUCUUGUACUUUGGAUUUUUCCAGAGCAGGAGGCUGGACGUGGACUUUGUAUUUUUUUUUUUUUAAUUUUUUUUAUUUCCUAUGUGGUGUGAUUUCGCCUAAAGUCGGGACUUACAUAAAAGAGUGAGACGGUGGAGAUACAGGCUAAGAAUAUCCUCAUCCAGUCGGAGCCCACGCAAUCAAAGAGCAUCCUAGGCCCUCUCUUGUUCUGGACGGGACCUACAUAGCAGCCACCUAUUUCCAUGCAGGUUCUCGGAAUGGGGGGCUCUGAAAAAGCUGCUUUGUUUGACUGGGGUUUCUUCUCUCAGCUCAUAGCCUGAGGAAGAGCAGUAAGUAUCUUGGUAAAGGGGCCUUGGGGUGGUGCAGAGGGUGGACCAUGACUAUGACCUGCCAGGCUCUGGCUCAGUACAGAAGGAGAAUGUUAGCACCUGGAGACCCUUCAUGGAUGUGUUGCUCCACGGCUAAAGCCAACCUUCUGCUGUGGAUGGGGUUGGCAUCAAUUUGUAUGGUUGCUGUUCAGGCCCAACAACACCCUGUGGUCACCACCAAUUAUGGUAAAUUGCGAGGAGUGAAGGUUACGUUACCCAAUGAGAUCCUGGGACCAGUGGAGCAGUAUUUGGGGAUUCCUUAUGCGCUGGCUCCAACUGGAGAGCGGAGAUUCCAGCCGCCGGAGCCACCCAUGUCCUGGCCAGGCAUCAGGAAUGCUACUCAGUUUGCCCCAGUUUGUCCUCAGUUCUUAGAGGAUCGCUUUUUACUCAAUGAUAUGCUCCCUGUGUGGUUCACCGCCAACUUGGAUACAGUGGUAACCUAUGUGCAGGAGCAGAGUGAGGACUGCCUUUACCUUAACAUCUACGUCCCCACAGAGGAUGGGGCCUACUCAAACAGGGCGCAAGGUGCAGAUUUCUACAGUAAUGAUGGUGGCAGUGAUGAAGAUAUCCACGAUGAAAAUGGGUUAAAGCCAGUCAUGGUUUACAUCCACGGUGGCUCCUACAUGGAGGGAACUGGUAACAUGAUUGACGGCAGCAUCCUCGCCAGCUAUGGGAACGUCAUCGUCAUCACAAUCAACUACCGGCUUGGAGUUCUGGGGUUUCUAAGCACAGGAGACCAGGCGGCGAAGGGCAACUACGGCCUGCUGGAUCAAAUUCAGGCUCUGAGGUGGAUCAAAGAAAACAUCCAGGCCUUCAAAGGAGACCCAAAGAGAGUGACCAUUUUUGGCUCUGGUGCUGGAGCAUCAUGCGUCAGCCUGCUCACCCUCUCGCAUUACUCAGAAGAUCUGUUCCAGAAAGCCAUCAUCCAGAGUGGCACAGCACUAUCCAGCUGGGCAGUCAACUACCAGCCUGCCAAGUACACACGUGCCCUGGCUGAGAAGGUGGGCUGCAACAUGCUGGACACCAUCGACCUGGUGGAGUGUCUGCAGAACAAGAACUACAAAGAACUGAUUGAGCAGUACAUCACACCUGCAAAGUACCACAUCGCCUUCGGGCCUGUGAUUGAUGGUGACGUUAUCCCAGAUGAUCCCCAAAUCCUCAUGGAACAAGGGGAGUUCCUCAACUAUGACAUUAUGCUUGGGGUCAAUCAAGGUGAGGGGUUUAAGUUUGUAGAUGGCAUUGUGGACAGUGAGGAUGGGGUGUCUGCCAAUGAUUUUGACUUUGCUGUGUCGGACUUUGUGGAUCAUCUCUAUGGCUACCCAGAGGGCAAAGACACUCUGCGCGAGACCAUCAAAUUCAUGUAUACAGACUGGGCAGACAAGGAGAACCCAGAGACAAGGCGCAAGACCCUGGUGGCUCUGUUCACUGACCACCAGUGGGUGGCACCAGCUGUGGCCACAGCUGACCUUCAUGCCCAGUAUGGCUCACCAACCUAUUUCUAUGCUUUCUACCACCACUGUCAGAGCGACAUGAAGCCUAGCUGGGCUGACUCAGCCCAUGGUGAUGAAGUACCAUAUGUGUUUGGAAUCCCCAUGAUAGGCCCUACAGAUCUCUUCAACUGCAACUUCUCUAAGAAUGACGUGAUGCUCAGCGCUGUCGUCAUGACCUACUGGACAAACUUUGCUAAAACAGGGGAUCCCAAUCAACCAGUACCACAGGACACAAAGUUCAUCCACACAAAACCCAACCGCUUUGAGGAGGUCGCCUGGACCAAGUAUAACCCUAAAGACCAACUCUACCUUCACAUUGGUCUAAAACCCAGAGUCCGAGACCACUACCGUGCUACCAAGGUCGCUUUCUGGUUAGAACUAGUUCCGCAUCUUCACAACAUAAAUGAAUUUUUCCAAUAUGUAUCAACCACCACCAAGAUACCACCACAGGACACCACCCCUUACCCUUACACCAAACGUUUCCCUGGAAAAAAUAACUGGCCGUCCACCACCCGUCACCCAGGGGUUCCAUCCGCCAACACCAAACAGACUACUGACCAGCGCAAGAGUGGUGACCUGACUGAUGAGUCAACCGUGGUGAUCGAAACCAAAAGGGACUACUCCACCGAGCUCAGUGUCACUAUCGCAGUUGGAGCAUCCCUACUCUUUCUGAAUAUCCUUGCCUUUGCUGCGCUCUACUACAAGAAAGACAAGCGCCGGCACGAAUCAAACCGUCGCGUCCCCACCCCGCAACGCAACUCUGCUCCAACCAACACGCCAUCCACAGCCAAUGAUGUGGCCCACCUACAGAGCGAGGAGCUGAUGUCUCUGCAGAUGAAGCAGCAGCAGCUUGAGCACGAGCACCACCACGAGUGUGAGUCGCUGCAGACCCACGACACACUUCGCCUCACGUGCCCACCCGACUACACCCUCACACUGCGCCGAUCGCCCGAUGACAUACCCCUGAUGACGCCCAGCACCAUCACAAUGAUCCCCAACUCGCUGGCUGGCAUGCAGCCCCUGCACAAUUUCAACACUUUCGGUGGCAGCCAGAACAGUACCAACUUACCCCACGGCCACUCCACCACAAGGGUAUAGCUCUGCUGGGACUGGACAGUGCUGGAUUCCCUCUGGAUUAGCCACUAACCUUGCAAGGCAAAUAUGACAAGAUAAAACUGUGUGAAGCACAGACUCAGCAGAUGCUAUUUUGCUACGAUGCCUUCUUGAAAAGUAUAUAUAGUAUAAAUUGAAAAAUAUUCAAAGUGAAUGUUAUCAUAGUAAUAACUCUAUUUGGAGCUAAGCUUCAUGGGAGGUUUUGAGGAGUUUUACCAAAAGACAAGGCAACCAGGGGAUUACUGUUAAUAUUCUUACAAAAAAAACAGUUUCAGUGUGACAAAGAAGCCUUUGCGGAGGCUUUUGUGCCAUAAAUAGGAAGACAAUGGCAACAGUUGUUGAAAAGCAACAGUUAAGCAUCCGGAGCAUCAUCUUUUCAUGAUUCUUCAUGCAUCGGACACCUGACUUGGGCACAGAAUUCUACACCCCAGCGUGAAAUGUAUUUAUUAAAAAACUUUUUAAAAAAAACAAAACAAAACAAAACAGAAAAAAUAGUAUAUCGUUGUGUGUGGGAAUUUAAAGAUUUAAAAAAAAAAAAGAAAAAAAAUAUAUAUGAAAGGAGAUUCUCCUAUUAUUGUUUUUAUUUUUUGGCUGAGAUCUUUUGGGUUUUCCCAGCUUGUGCUUUCUGUUUAGGUGCGUGUAAAUAUAUUCCAACAUCCUUCUUUCUUUUUCUCUGUUUACAACCUGUGUUUCAUUAUUAUUAAUAUUAUUAUUUUCACAGAACAACCAAAAUGCAAACACAAUCCCAUCCUUGGAGAGAUGUACACUGUGCAUUUGCAGGUCAUCGCAUACAGUACUGUCUUGUGCUUUGCUUUGUUACCGUUUUUUUUUAGACAUUGCAUGUCCAGGAAGAGCUUUACUCUCCAUUUUCAGACAUGUGUCCUGUCUGAGAAUGAGGACUGACUUGAUCCCAUCACCUGCUGUCAUCCUGUUAUGCUUCCAAUAGUUUUAUUUGUGGGCUUUUUCUGUCUUGCAAUCUCAGCACUGCCUGAGCUUACAAUGUGACCAGCAAUGUAUUAUUUAGAAAUGAAAAAAAAAAAAAGGCAGUGGAUUUUUUUUUUUUUUUGUAUCAAUAUUAGUUGGAUAUGUUUGUAAAGAAAUAUAUGUUAGAUAUUUCAAAUUGUCAUAUGCUAGCAAUAUGUAAAGUAUUGUGCCAGGCUUGUGAUAUUUUUGGUUACAAAAGCAAGUGAAUGAGUGUAAAUAUUAAUGAUUAAUUAAUAUAAAAUUACAACAGAAGUAAUCAUUAACUCUCUUUCUGUUUUGCAUCCUAUUAGAAAAAAUGGAAGUACAUCCAGAAGAUUUUAAGCUAUUUGUAAAUUCUAUUAAAUAUAUAUAUAUUCUUGCCAUUUGGUCCCUAAACCAGUCAAAAUAAUAAGGGUUUUAAUGUAGAGUUUUAAAAUCCUUAGUUUGUCUUAUAUUUGUUUGCGGUUUUGCCUUAAGUAAUAAUAGAGAUAUUUCUGGCUGGACACCUGUAUAAACUUUUUCUGCAACAUUUUUAAUAAAAUAUCACAGUAUUUUCUAAAAAAAAAAAAAAAAAAAAAAAAAAAAAAGAUAAAAAAAGAAAUGGAAGGUUUAAUUGGAUUUGAUUUAACGAGCGUGUUUGUUGUGUGUGUAAAUGUGAUUGGAUGUCUUUAGUGUUCUACUUCAGUGUUUUACCUAAAGUGCAGUAAGAACCAGAGCCUGACUUUAUUUAUUUCUUUUUUCAUUUUUUUUUCUCAAAUUUUCUAGGUAUUUUAAAGCCAAAAACGUGAUCUUUUGUGUUUUUAUGUUUUUUGUGCCUAAAUCUAAAAAUCAAUUCAUAAUAAAACCUUAAAUGUAAAUAAGUGCAAAGUUACAACAUACCAAACAUUUCAGCAUAAUCCCUGGUUAGCAGAAAUUUGUAAUGGCAACAUUUAUUCUUGAGCGGAAUGACGCCUACAGGCACUUAAUAAAACAAAGAAACCAAAAA